UGGUUGGUAACAUGCAAAGACUAAGUAAGUAAAAUUCUACCGGCAAGGUAUGUGUAAUGACAAAUUAAAUUAUAAAUUUUUGGAUAAUUGUGUAUAAAUGUUUAACGAUGAAAAUAUACAUUCCAUCGAAUAUUUGACAAGUAUUAUCAAUAUAAAAAUUACAUAUCAAAUAGUGAUCAAAUAAUAUACGAGGUAUCAAUUAUACAAAGUACUAAAAACAGUACUUUAUAUGUAUAAAAUGUAUUAUCAGUAUCAAUUGAUAAAAUGUAUUAUCAGUAUCUUAAAAGAAGAGACUGAACUACUAAUAAAAAUAUGAGUAAAAUAAAAUAUAUUUUAACAGUUAAUUUAUAAACUAUAUAUAUUUUUAUAAAUAACAAAACAUAAAUUAUGUGAUUCUAUUUUGCAAGGAUGUAUUGUUUAUUACGUUCUUGUUUUCAAACGUGCGUUCGAUUAAUAAGAAAAAUCAGAUUAAAAUAUAUCUGCAUUUGUAUCGGUUUUAUCGCGCUGCUUGAUUUUUUUGGUGUAUUCACACAUAUUUUUGAAAUCACGUACGAUUCAAAUUUUGUUUAUCCAUACGAAGGCGAUGUACACGAAUUCGUAAAUGCAUUAAGACAUAACGAAAAACCCGUCGUCGAUCCUAUAAACGAUUAUAAUUAUACAUUCUUGAUUGAUAACCAACAAAAAUGCCUAGAUCCGCCUUACAAUACUUUUCGUGUUGUAUACAUAGUGAAAUCUGCAAUGGAAAAUUUUGAAAGGAGAUUGGCAAUCAGAAGCUCUUGGGGUUUCGAGAAAAGAUUCUUCGAUGUACCAUCAAGAACAAUUUUUAUGCUGGGCAUGCAUCCCCAUGAUGAUGAGGUUCAAGCAAAGGUAAAAAUUGAGGCUGCAAAGUAUAAAGAUAUCGUGCAAGCAAACUUUGUAGAUACAUAUUAUAACAAUACUUCAAAAACUAUGAUGAGUAUUAAAUGGCUAAUCAAAUAUUGCUCUAAUUCAAAAUUCUAUAUGUUUGUUGACGAUGAUAUAUAUGUUUCGGUAAAAAAUGUUUUAAGAUUUAUAAGAAAUCCAACUAAUUAUCCAAGUUACUUGAAAGAACCCAAGAAAUUUGAAGCUCAAAAAAGAGAAAUUAAGGAUACCGAUAAUGAAGAAGGACCGCAUGUUAAUGAUAACAUUACAGAAAGAAAUAUUCGUACAUUAAAUGAGAAAGAAAAUUUGAAUGAAAAUUUUACUAUGGAAGAAAUUACUCAUGGAUCAAAAGAAAAAUUUCAUAGUAAAAUUCUAUCCACAGUUAUUACUGAUUUUACACAAAAAUAUGAAGAUAAUAAUAAUACAUUAAGAUCUAUUUACAAUAAAGCUGUAAAAAAUGAACUUCUAUCGAACAGAUUAAAAAGGCAAAUUUUUGAUUUUGAACUUCCAACAGAUGUUAGAUUAUUUGCAGGAUUCGUAUUUUUAUCUUCACCUCAUCGUCAUAAAUCUUCUAAAUGGUAUGUUCCUCUUAGUGAGUAUCCAUACCACUUAUGGCCACCAUACGUUACAGCAGGAGCAUACAUAUUGUCUAAAGAAGCCCUUUUAGAUAUGUAUUAUACUAGUCUUUAUACAAAAUAUUUUAGAUUUGAUGAUAUUUAUCUAGGCUUAGUUGCCAAAAAGGCAAAUAUUGAACCUUUUCAUUGUGAAGAAUUUCAUUUUUAUAAGAAAGAUUAUACAAAAUUUAAUUAUAAAUAUGUAAUUACUUCUCAUGGAUACGGAAAUCCAAGUGAAUUAUUAACAGUAUGGAAUGAGCAGAAAGCGCUUGGUAAUGCCUAAUUGUUUAAUCGUUUUUACGAAAUUUUAUUUUAAUGAACGAAAUUUAUGUUAUACAAGAACAAAAUUUAAGCCUUUGUAAUUCUGUAUUAUUUAUAAAACAAAAUAA